UGAGAACAUGGCGGAAGCGGAGUGAGGGCUUCGUACGCCAAGCGGGUGGAAGGAUCAUUCCACAGCUAUGGAGAAUGAACCAAGCACAACAGCAUCUUCCACAUGCACAACCACCAUCACCACCACAUCAUCCCCUUCUCGUACACAGCCGCCUCAGAUAUCUGUCUACAGUGGUGCAGAUCGACAUGCUGUACAGGUUAUUCAGCAGGCCUUGCAUCGUCCUCCUAGCUCUGCAGCACAAUACCUUCAGCAGAUGUAUGCAGCUCAGCAGCAGCACCUGAUGUUACAGACCGCAGCUUUGCAACAGCAGCAUUUGAGCCUGGCCAGUGUUCCACAGGCAAACCUGUCAGGUGGGAGGCAGUGUGCAUCCCCCAAUGGCAGUGUCACUCAGCAGUCAAGCAUGUCAGAAACCUCGCUAAUAAGCCGUUCACAGACCUCGAACAGUAGCAGCAGCAGUCUGACCCAACAGACCAUGUUACUGGGGAGCACCUCCCCUACUCUGACUGCAAGCCAGGCUCAGAUGUACCUACGGGCUCAAAUGCUGAUUUUUACACCUGCUACCACUGUGGCGGCUGUCCAGUCUGACAUCCCUGUUGUCUCAUCGUCCUCUUCGUUCCCCUGUCAGUCUGCAGCUACUCAGGUCCAGAAUUUGACACUCCGCAGCCAGAAGUUGGGUGUUUUGUCUAGUUCACAGAACGGCUCCCCAAAAGGCAGCAGUCAAACCCAGGCAUUAGCUGUGUGUCCUAAUAAACCUAUAACCAGUACCAAAGCCAGCCAGUCGGAUCCUCUAGAAAGUAAAAGAAAAGGAGACAGCCCGACUGCAGAGCCUCGAAGUCCAACAGUUACACGAACAUCAAGUAUUCAUCAGCUCAUAGCACCAGCUUCAUAUUCUCCAGUUCCACCACAUUCUCUGUUAAAGCAUCAGCAGUCUUCUGUUCAUUCCCCACCUUCAAAAAUUUCCCACCAUCAGCUGAUCUUCCAACAGCAGCAAGUUCAGCCAAUCGCACUCCAGCUUCCUCCCAGUCAGGAACCAUCUCCAUCGCAGCACUGUGUACCACUCCAAGGCCAUGCUCUUCCUCCACCUCCCAGCAGUGCCCCAUCACAGCACUGCACGUCUGUUCAGAUCCAUCACUCUCCUCCUACACUAUCUCCACCGCCGUCUCAGUCCUCACAGCAAUCAGUGGUGGUAUCUCCUCCAUCGCCUCCUUCACCCAGCCAGUCACCCACAAUAAUCAUCCACCCGCAAGCUCUUAUUCAGUCACAAUCGCAUCCUCUAGCAUCAUCAGCACUUCAGUCCGAGCAGAACCCAGCACAGACCAGUGACAGUUCAACAGAACCAGUAUCGCAGCCAGUAAAUCUUCCACCACGGCUCCCUUCUUCUCCGGUAGUACACCUUGGACCAGCAGAUCAGCCUGGAGUGGUGUCUACAGGCCACCAGAUAACAUCUCCAAUGCCUCACCAACAGUAUCCAGUGUUGCAGCCCACACCAAUCCCAGUUGCAACUUCUCCACGGCUGUCAACAUCUCCAGCCCAUAGUCAACCACUCCCUCUCCCACCUGUUCAGUCUUUACAACCUGAAAUUUUGUCCCAGGGUCAGGUUUUGGUACAGAAUACAUUGGUUUCUGAGGAGGAGCUACCUGCCGCUGAAGCUUUGGUCCAGCUGCCAUUUCAGAGUCUUCCUCCUCCCCAGACAGUUGCAGUAAACCUUCAAGUACAACCAGCAGUACCUGUUGAGACCCCAGUGAUUUAUCAAGUAGAGGCAAUGUGUGAGGAAGAGAUGCCAGAGGAAUCUGAAUGUGUCCGCAUGGCAAGGACCCCUACCCCGCCAACCCUGUCGCCACCAGCCAUCACCUUACAUAACAGAGAAGAGUUUGGAUAUGAGGAGCCCUUUUCAGAACAAGAGGGACAUUCUUCAGUGGCCUCAUCAUUCAGCGCUUCUGUAAUUAAAUCACCAUCAGACCCUUCACAUGCCUCUAUUCCACCACCACCUCUUUUGCUUCCAGCAAUCGCCACAAGGAGUAACAGCGCAUCAAUGGCUAAUAGGAACCCUAGCAUAGAAAACAAACUUCCACAAGCUAUCGUUAAGCCACAAAUCCUGACCCAUGUUAUUGAGGGCUUUGUGAUCCAAGAGGGGUUAGAACCAUUUCCUGUAAGUUGUUCAUCUCUUCUGAUCGAACAGCCUGCAAAAAAAAGACUCCUGAUGGAGGGCCAGGUGAUGAAUGUUACAUGUGUCGAGCCAGAGCUGCAGAAUAAUGCAAAGCAUGCCGACAAUUCCUCAGAUACUGAGGUGGAGGACAUGAUUACUGAAGAGGGACUAGAUGAGAUGGAAAGUGAUCUCCUUAAGUGCGAGUUUUGUGGGAAAAUGGGGUACGCAAAUAAGUUUCUGCGGUCGAAGCGCUUCUGCACUAUGUCCUGCGCCAAAAGGUACAACGUCAGCUGCAGUAAGAAAUUUGGAUUAUACGGAUCAGACAAGAGCAGUCGUUGGAGCCGGAGCCCGGAUAGCCAAAGCCUGGGACGGCGCGGGCGUCGGCCCAGCGGCUCUGACGGAGCCUCAAGAGAACACUUCCAUAGGCAGCUUCCAAUUACUUAUCCAUCUGCAGAAGAAGACUUGGCUUCUCAGGAGGACAGUGUGCCAGUUGCCAUGACCACUCGCCUGCGAAGGCAAAGUGAGAGGGAAAGGGAGCGUGAACUUAGAGAGCUGAGAAUUAGGAAGAAGACAGACAACAUGGAUCUGUUACCAGCGGUGCAAUCCGACCCGUCCCUGUGGACAGUUGAAGAUGUUUGGGCCUUCAUACGUUCUUUGCCUGGUUGUCAGGACAUUGCUGAUGAAUUUCGAGCCCAGGAGAUCGAUGGGCAGGCUCUUCUGUUAUUGAAAGAGGAUCAUCUCAUGAGUGCAAUGAAUAUUAAGCUAGGACCUGCACUGAAAAUUUGUGCACGGAUCAACUCCUUGAAGGAAUCCUAGUGGAGAACGGAGGUUUAAACAACGGCGUCCACCGGAUGACAGACUUGUAAAGUAAUAAGUCAACAUCUUAACCAUUGAUGUGAUUAUUACUACUGUGUUUUGCUAAGCAUCUUUUCCACAUAAGGACUAUUGGAGGAGUAUAUUUAAUAAAAUCUUGACAAACCUUCCAGUAAUUAAUCCAGCUUAUCAGGAAGCAUAAGCUGUGUCAGCAGACUGGUGUAGUCAA